AUGACAGACGUCCUUUCUGUUGAAAGCAAAGAAGUUGAUCUUGCGAGGGAUGCUUGGGUCAGAAUCAAGACAGGAAUUUACAAAGGGGACUUGGCCAAAGUAGUUGACGUGGAUAAUGUGCGACGGAAAGUCACAGUGAAGGUGAUUCCCAGAAUUGACAUGCAGGCUAUUGCUACUAGACUGGAAGGACGAGAAGCCGGGGAAUCCAGGAAGGCAAUUGCUCCUCAUCCUCGCUUUAUGAAUAUCAACGAGGCUAGGCAACUUAAUAUUCACGUGGAGCGGAAAAGAGAUCCGUUGACCGGCGACUACUUUGAUAAGAUGGAUGGCAAAUUGUUCAGUGAUGGUUUCCUGUACAAAAGUGUUGCCAUGAAAUGCAUUACUGCUGCAAACAUCAGGCCAUCUUUCGAUGAACUUGAAAAGUUCGGUAAACCCGGAGAACACUGUGAUGAUGGUAGGAUCAGCUUGCCAGCCUUAUCUGGAAACCGGAAGAAAGAACAAUAUUUGAAGGGGGACGCAGUCAUUGUUCUCAAAGGUGAUUUAAAGAACCUUAAGGGACGGGUUGAGAAAGUUGAGGCAGAUAGUGUACAUAUCAGACCUGAAGCGAAGGGCCUACCUAGAACACUUAGAGUGCAUGAGAAGGACCUCGGCAAGUAUUUUGAACCGGGCAAUCAUGUUAAGGUUGUGUCUGGAACUCGAGAAGGUGCAACGGGUAUGGUUGUCAAGGUUGAUCAACAUGUGGUCAUUAUUGUGUCGGAUACAACAAAGGAACAUAUUCAUGUAUUUGCUGGGGAUGUGGUUGAGUGCUCGGAGGUGGCUAGUGGUGGUGUUACCAAAAUUGGAGAUUAUGAGCUUCAUGAUCCUGUGGCGCUGCAGAAUGGAGGCAGAAGGGGAGGACAAGGUGGGUUGAUAGGUAGGACAAUCAAAAUACGACGGGGUCCUUUCAAGGGAGAGCGUGGGCGAUUGAUCGGAAUGAUAUCUCUAACAAUGUGGCGGAUGCAGCCCCAUACCGUGAUUCUAGUCGAUAUGGCGUCGGAAGUGAGACCCCCAUGCAUCCUUCUCGGACUCCAUUGUACAUCUCCCAUGAGAGGUGCUAAUGUUGGAAAUGGUGGCGGCGGGCGAGGUAAAGAUAAUCGGCUGAUUGGUGUGGAUGGGACGGAUGGAAUAGUCAAGUUGGACGGCACUCUUGAUGUGGUGGUGAUCUUAGACAUGGUUAUGCUAGCUAGCUAA